CCUCUCUCGCGAUUCCCGAACAGAGAAGUAUAAAAGCCGAAAACCAUCCAUCCUUUGGUAUCACUCACAUUACAAACUCACAAGAUCGAACGAAGUACCGAUCAACCAAGCAACAAUGGCCUUCAAGUUCGUCGCUUUCGUCACCCUGAUCGCCGCCGCUAAUGCCGGCGUGAUUGCGCCCGCCGCUCCCUUGGCAUAUGCCGCGGCCCCCGCUGCACACCUGGCUUACGCAGCAGCCCCCGUCGCCAAGGCCGUGGUGGCUAAGACCAUCGAGGCCGACUACGAUCCGCAUCCUCAGUACAGCUACGCAUACGAUGUGCACGACAGUUUGACCGGCGACGCCAAGAGCCAGCAGGAAACCCGCGACGGCGACCUCGUCCAGGGUAGCUACUCCCUUCUGGAGGCCGACGGCACCAGGCGCAUAGUCGAUUACACCGCUGACUCAGUCAAUGGAUUCAACGCCGUGGUACGCAAGGAACCCGCCGCAGUCGCCGCCGCACCCCUCGCCUACGCCGCAGCCCCCGUCGCCAAAAUCGCUGCCCCCCUGGCGCACGCUGCUCCCCUCGCCUAUGCCGCACCCGUAGCUAAAUUAAGCUACCAAGCCGCCCCAGCCAUUGCUUAUAGUGCACCCAUCGCCAAGAUCGCCGCGGCGCCCGCCGCUUUCUCCUAUGCCGCCCCCGCUGCCUACCUCCACUGAACUGUGACCUGAUCGCCAUUUAGGAACAUAUUUGUCGAAUAAAUUUCGCUUCUUUCAGCAAAUAUAUAUAAAUCGUAUAAAGAGAGUUAUAUAUUAUCUUUGCCUGUUUUCAAUGUACUUUAUUCGGUAAUUAAAUUGAACGUUGGAGAAAAGUAAUCUCUGAUUUAGAUUAUAGAAUUAUUAACUGCGUUUCUAAAAAAAUUAUUAGGAAUUUUUAUAAGACUUUUUUU